AUGUUAUACUCACCAGUACUACCUUCCAAAAUCCUCAAUCUCCACGAAAAACAGUUACAACGAUCAUUCAAAUCUUGUUCUAAACUAUUUCAUUCACUCAAACAACAUGAACACAACCUGUUCGACAAUAUUCCCCACCCAAAUCCUUCUUCAGUUAACCGUUACAUGCUUAACCUCUUGCACAACAAUCUCCCCUUUCAAGCUCUUGCCAUAUUCAAGAAACACUCCCAGUUUCAUUUUCUUCAAAAUUUCGAUGAGGUAACAUUUGCAUUGUCAUUCAAGGCUUGUCGGGGAGAGUUUAAUUUGGGUUCCCAAAUUCAUGGAUUCGCGGUAUCUACCGGGUUUGUUUCCCGUGUUACCGUGUCAAACUCGCUCAUGAAAUUGUAUUGCAAAGCUGGGAAAUUCGAAUGUGCUUUGCGUGUUUUUGAGAAUUUGAGUUGUCCCGAUAUUGUUUCUUGGAAUACUAUUCUUUCUGGGUUUGAGAAGAGUGUUGAAGCUUUGAAUUUUGCGUGUUUUAUGCAUUUAAAUGGGAUAGUUUUUGAUCCUGUGACGUAUACUACUGCGCUUUCGUUUUGUUGGGAUAGGAAUCAGGAUGAUCAUGGGUUUUUAUUUGGGUUGCAGUUGCAUUCUCUUGUGGUUAAAUGUGGAUUUGGUUGUGAAGUUUUUAUUGGGAAUGCGCUUGUGACAAUGUAUUCGAGGUGGGGGGAAUUAGAUGAGGCUGGGAGAGUUUUUGAUGAAAUGCCUAUAAGAGAUUUGGUUUCUUGGAAUGCGAUGCUUUCUGGGUAUGCUCAAGAGGGAGAGUGUUAUGGGUUGGAAGCUGUUUUGUUGUUUGUCAACAUGGUGAGGCAAGGUAUGUUGCUUGACCAUGUUUCGUUUACGGGUGCGGUUUCCGCUUGUGGUUAUAUUAGAAACUUGGAGUUAGGAAAGCAGAUUCAUGGUUUGGCUCAAAAGUUAGGUUAUGGAACACAUGUUGCAGUUUGCAAUGUUUUGAUUUCGACUUAUUCGAAAUGUAAGGUUCUUAGAGAUGCUAAGGCGGUUUUUCAGUCCAUGAGUAAUCGAAAUGUAGUGUCUUGGACGACCAUGAUUUCUAUUGAUGAAGAGAAUGUGGUGUCUCACUUUAAUGCUAUGAGAGUUGAUGAUGUGUAUCCAAAUGAUGUUACGUUUAUAGGAUUAUUGCAUGGUAUAACAACCUGGAAUAUGAUGAUAGAAGGUCUAAUGGUUCAUGGGUUAUGCAUAAAAAGCUGUUUUUCAUCCGAACAAAAUGUCUCCAAUAGCCUUAUUACCAUGUAUGCCAAGUUUGAAUCCGUUCAAGAAUCAAAGAAGAUUUUUGAGGAGCUUAGCUAUCAAGGAACAAUAUCAUGGAAUGCAUUGAUUUCAGGGUAUGCUCAAAAUGGCUUGUGUAAAGAAACUUUCAUUACAUUUUUGUCUGCAAUAAAGGAGAUUAAGCCUAACCAAUAUACAUUUGGUAGUGUGUUAAAUGCCAUUGCCGCAGCUGAGGAUAUUUCUUUGAAACACGGGCAACGAUGUCAUUCUCACUUGAUCAAACUUGGAUUAAACACUGACCCAUUUGUUGCAGGGGCUCUGCUUGAUAUGUAUGGUAAACGCGGAAACAUUAGCGAAUCUCAAAGAGUAUUUGACGAGACACGUGAAAAAACCCAGUUUUCUUGGACAGGGAUGAUAUCUGCCUAUGCCCGCCAUGGAGACUAUGAGUCAGUAAUGAGUUUAUUUAAGGAAAUGGAAAGGGAAGGAAGCAAUCCUGACUCCAUCACUUUCCUUUCUGUUUUGGCUGCAUGUUGUAGAAAGGGAAUGGUUGAUAUAGGCCAUCAAAUAUUUGACUCUAUGGUGAUAAAACAUUCACUUGAACCAUCCCCUGAGCAUUAUUCAGUUAUGGUGGACAUGUUGGGCCGUGUGGGUCGGCUAGAUGAGGCAGAAAAGUUGAUGCAUCAGAUUCCAGGAGGACCUGGACUGUCAGUGUUGCAAAGCUUGCUUGGGUCUUGUAGAUUACAUGGGAAUGUGGAGAUGGCAGAGAGGGUUGUUGAUAGUUUGAUACUAAAGGACCCUGCAAGUUCCGGUCCUUAUGUGUUAAUGGCAAAUUUGUAUGCCGAGAAAGGAAAGUGGGACAAAGUUGCUGAAGUGCGAAAAAGGAUGAGAGGGAGGGGAGUAAAGAAGGAAGUGGGAUUUAGUUGGGUGGAUGUUGCUAAUGUUGAUUCCUUGCAUUUGCAUGGUUUCUCAUCCGGGGAUAAGUCACACCCAGAGUCUGAAACUAUUUGUAGAAUGGCAGAGUUUUUGGGAUUGCAAAUGAUAUUUUCAAAACAGAGUAGAGUGAACGAAGGUGAUUGGGAUCGAGAGUUUGAAUAG